GCAAGUUCUGUGUGUCAAUCGUAUUGAACGUUGAACAUGAUAUAUAUAUAUAUAUAUAUAUAUAUAUAUAUAUAUAUAUACGCAACAAUCAUACAUAUAUAUUUGCACUCAAUUAUUUAAAUAAAUCAACACACUAGUUCACGUACCGAUACAUACCAUUUCAUACAUACACAUACCCACUUUGUAAGCAUACGUAAUUUGAUAUAAUAAACAGUAGAAACACAAAAAACGAUGAUAUUCACUCCGGCCAAAAUGAUCAGCGACUAUUGUCUGUUAUUUUAUUUUGUGAUUUGAAUAUAUUCCAAUUAUUGCAUCCUAUGAUUCACAUAAAAUAAUGUUCUAUAAUUAUUUAUUCAAUAUUUAACUAUCAGGAAUAUUAGAAAAAUCUUUCUGAAAACUGUAUGGAAAUUAUAUUAUUAAUCAAUUGGUGAACUGAAAUUUUAAUCACUUAGAAAAUUCAUAGACAAGAACUGUUGAAAACAUAGAGGAUUUUGACGACCAUAAACAACGCCAUUAUUAUUAUUAUUAUUAUUAUUAUUAUUAUUAUUAUUAUUAACAACGGUGACAAAGUACGAAACGAAAUCAGAACAAAAACAGUAAUCAGCACUACUCAAUAGAACGGGGUGAUGCACGAACUAUUAUUUUUCUUCGAAAUCUAUUUUCUUAUACAUUAUGCAUGGGAAUUUGGAUAAAAUUACAUUGAAUCUUUUAACCUCUAUGAAAACAAUGUAAUAUUGUAGUUUAUGUGUGAACUUUGAAUUAUUUAUUUCAAAGAGUGAAAGGCAGAAAGUGGAAAAUAAAUAUUAAAAAAAAUUGAAAACCCAACGCUUGAUUUAUCAAAUCAGUAAUUAUUUCAUUAAUCAAUUUAUUGAAUAAUAAGUAACAAACAAAACAAAAUAAGUAAGAUCACUUUGAACAAAUUCAUGUUCAAUUCCCAGUGGACGUUGUCAAGUUUAUCACCAUUAUUGUCAGCUGUUUUAAAUUUAUCGGAAAUACUACAUCAACAACAACAACUACUACUGAUAAUAAUAAUACUGGUAGUGCUACGACUUUUAUUAAUAUCAUUGAUUUUAAUUCAUUAUUAUUUUAGUCAUUCAUCUCAUUGUUAUCUCACUGGUAUCUUUGAGUGGUUUAACAACUAUCUACCCUCAUCACAUUCACUCACUUCCCCUUUUUCUUAUUUCGUGGAGUUAAUAUCACUGCCAUCCUCAGCACUGACAUCCUCGUUGUUACUAUCACUGUCAUGGAUAUUCUGCAUAUUGUUUGGUGCUCUAAGUAUAUGGUUCUUGAAAUCAGUAUGUUACCUCAGUACACGAUUAUAUCAUCAGAAGGAUAUACUACUAUUUUUCAGAAACAGUAUUAAUGAUAUUCGUAAUUAUAGAAUUUACAGUAAAAUAAAUGUCAUACUACUUACAUUGCACACUGAUUCAAUCAUUUUCAUAUAUAAUCUUAUCAGUGGAUGGAAUUCAAGCGAUACGUUGAAGAGUAAAAUUAAAACAUCAAAAAGACUUACGCAACGUAAACGUUUAAGUCAUGGAAUGAGUACAUUAUUCACUAUAUACUUUGGAUUAUUAAUUUAUUUAGAACUAUGUGGAAUUGAUUAUGCUGAAAGUAGAUCGAUUUCAACCGAAAACGAACGCAGAUAUGGUAAUUUAGAUUUACAUCCGGCUAAAUCAUCACAACAAAAGACACCAAAAGUGGUUAUGCCACCAUAUGACCUUGGGUUUAAAGGUCAAAAAACAGACGAACUGAACAAAGUAAAAUUAUAUCCACUGUUAUCAUCAUCAUUAUCGUAUCCUACAUUUUUGAGUGAUUUUAAUGACAAUUUCGAUCAAAUGAAAGGUUUUCAGUCAGAUGAAACAUAUUUAAGAGAUUCUCAAACACAGCAGCAGCAAAGAAAACAACGCUAUCAGAGAGUAAGUCGUGAUAAUUUUAACUCACAAGAAGAGACCGACAAUGAUGAUGAGGACAAUGCUGUCGAAUUUUUCAAUACACGUUUGAUGUAUGAUUCGAAGUUGUCUCAAUCUAAUCAUCUUAAUAAGAAUAGUGUAAGAUCAUACGGACAAUUUCCAUCGGUAUCAUCAUCAAUACCGUCAUUAACAGAAAGAGAGACAAAUGAACGACUUGACUAUAGAAGAGUAAACCUUGCACCUUCUAAAUCAACAAUACAAAAACAGAUAUCAUACUCCCCAUAUAAUCCAUAUACAAGAAUGAAUAAUUAUCAAGAAUCGCUUUAUAUACCUGACCAACAAACUAUGUAUGAAAUGAAUACUCAACAGUACCCUCGUGAACAAGAGAAGACAUGGACCAGAAAGGAUAAUAAUAAUAAUAAUAAUAAUAAUAAUAAUAAUAAGCCAUAUCAACGUCAUGAACUAUAUGAUGGUUAUACAGCUCAUAUGAAUCGUGAAAAUCCGUCUAGUUGGUUUCCUUUUCCUAAUUAUCAAACCAAUAAUAAUAAUCCAUUGAACAAUAGACCAUUAUAUUCACAACAGUCAAAAAUACAACACCAACACCAACCAUCUUCAAGUUUAAAUAGUUACUCAUAUUAUAGCACUCCAAACAAAAAUAUUGAUAGUAAUAAUAACGUUAAUAAACGUAAUCCAUUUUCAUAUUUUCCUGAGAUUUCGGAUAUUCAAUUAUCUCAUCUAAUUUAUCAGUACCAAAUGGAAUUAUUACGUCGACAAUCUGGACGUUUACCCGAUAUUGAUUAUCAAAUGGAGCAUAAUUACUAUGGUCAACCGGCUGAAUCGUCUUCACACCAUUUACCUAAUUAUCAUCCACAGGAUUAUGGACUACACUUAUCCGGAGUAAAAAAUCACGAUAAAAUUAUUCGAAAAUUCAAUAAUUUAGCUAAUCAACGAUUAAUGGCUGGUGUCGAUGAAUUUUUCGACGAACUGGAUCAUAAUAUAAUUUUAUUCAGUUCUACAUCAAAGUUAUGUGAAAAUUAAUGAAGCAAGUUAUUUAUCUUUCGGUGAGACGGAGUAAUUACGUUAGAUGAACUUAGUAAUUAUUUAUUACUGCACGAAAUCCACUUCGCACAUUGACCAAUGAAAAUGUUGAAUUUUUAUCAAAAUCAUAUGAAUUGAAUCAUAUUGAUUUCAUAUAUUAUAGUGCGAUCAAUUGAAAAUAUUGAUUUUAAACUGAGAUUUAAUUGCGGUCCAUAUAUAUAUAUAUAUAGAAAGAUAAUUCCCAUACCAUAUUUUAUUUAUGUACAUCAUGUAUAAACUUAAUAAUACACACAUAUACUUUAUCAUCUAAAUAUUGUGAUCACUGAAUUUCUAACCCUACAUGGCUAUUUAGCCCAAUAUAUCUUUUUCUGGAGCAAAGAUUUAUACUUAUUUAUAACAGGGAUACUUUUAAAUCAUAAAAUUUAUUCUCUUUCUAUCAUUGUUAUUAUCUAAUCGAUUAUAUUAUUAUUAUUAUUAUUUCAUCUCACUUUAGCAUCGUUGUUUUGUUCAUCUUCGAAUUAAUAAUUUACCUUAUUUUUAUCCUUCUUAAUGAUUUUUUUCUCAUAUUAUAUAUAUAUAUAUAUAUAUUUGACAGUACUAUUGAAUAAUUAACUACAUACAUACCUUUCUACAUUGCAAUAAAUGAACAAUAUUACCUGUCAUUCUAAUGUCAUAUAUCAUUAACAUUUUAUAAGAAAAUGCAUUCAGUACGCAUCUGUGAAUCAAAACGUAAAUUUUUUUUUUUUCAAAUAUAUAUAUUACAGUAACUGUUUACAGAAAUCAAAAGGAAUAGUGAGAAGGAUUGUUUAUUCUAGGUUUUCAUUUUCUGAACUUGCUGUAUAAUAAUAACAAAUUAUUGGACUGAUCAAAAUGCAGUCUUAAACACCUAUUAAGAUUGACUCUGCCUUUUGUUGAUGAGUGGUGACUAGUCCGAAACCUGUUUUAAUAAUUACAUAUUGCUGAAUUACCGCAACUUUCCAGCAUAAAUAGUAAAAUCACAGGUUGUGAUAAGCACAAAAUGACAUGGGUUAGAAUCUUACCUAAAACGUCAGGUAUUUCAAGUUUGCAGAUAUGUCUUGCUGAUUGGUGAUAAUUUGUAUGAAACGUACGUUUAAGCCUACUUAACAGUUGCCUUCGUCUACAUGAAAUUAAAAGUAGUUCGGCUUUAAUACAACCUUAAAUCACUAUGCUUAAACCGUUUCAACUGGCUUGUUUAGUAUCAGUAACCUACUCGAUUCCACUAUCAAUAGGAUGCAAUCGGAUAAUGAGAAUUAGACAACCGACCUAACCUUUACGUGAUUGACUCGAUAAUUCACAUAAUUAUAUAUUUAGAUUAUUUGCCUUAAACAUUUCCUUAUUAAAACUCACAUAUGAUUGACUAAAACACGGUAAUAUAAUAACAAGUAGUUUCUUACUUGACUGUUAAGAAUUAAAACAUAAAAAAACUCAUAAACUAAAUUUUUGAUCAAAAGACUUUUUAAAAAAUACUUACUUACGCCUAUUACCCCCAAUGGAGCAUAGGCUACCGACCAGUAUUCUCUAACCCACUCUGUUCGUUCUAGUUCUAUACAAUUGUUGUUCAUUCUUCUCAUGUCUGUCUCCACUUCUUGGCGUAACCUAUUAUUUGGUCUUCCUUUUCUCCUUUGGCCUUGACGAUUCCAAGUGAGGGCUUGCUUUGUGACGCAGUUGGGUGCUUUCUUCAAUGUGUGUCCUAUCCACUUCCAGCGCUUCUUCCUGAUUUCUCCCUCCGUUGGAAUCCGGCUUGUUUUCCCCCACAGCAGGUUGUUUCUCAUAGUGUUUGGCCAACAAAUCCGAAGUAUUUUGCGUAGACAGCUGUUAAUAAACACUUGUAUCGAGAUUUA